AUGGCCGCUGACAACAGCGAUAAUCUCAAGCCCAGGCCUGCCACUUCACACAUCAACAUGGACUACUACAGCAGCGAUAGCAACAACUCCGAGGCCGCGAAAAAUGACCUGGUAGACGGAGAAAGCGAUAGCGACGAGCACAUCCGAGAUCUAAGCGUUGGCAGUCACAGCCCCGAAUCAUGGAUGGCGUAUAACGACGAAAGCAGAAAGCUCAAGACCGAGCUGUCCAUGCAUCUCAAGAACAAGGACAGAAAAGAGGUAGCACGGGUCCAACAGGAAAUCAAUGAUCACUUUCGGCGUGGUGAGGUAGAUAUUAGCCAGCUUGAUCCUGACACCAUAGCACGCCUAGAGGCAAUUGACGGUCCGGAACCUCAAAGCGCUCCCCGUAGCGCUGUCCGUCUCCCAACUCAGCCUUCUGCUUCCCUUUUACACGCAGGCUCAUCCCAGGCUCUUGUAGUUACGCCACAUUCUUUACCACUAUACCUCAACCUCAACCGCAUGAGUGCUCCACAUAUUGCCGAUAACGGAAUACUAGAAGCAGGCAGUACACGCGCCCUGAACGGUCUCAACCGGGCCCUUUACUGCAAAGCAUCACCAGUCAAUCUGGACUACAAGACACUACUCAAUUUUGAGAUGACUCUGCUUGAAAUGACAACUUACAUUCCAUUGGCAUUUUUGUGGUUAGGUGGCUUCCUCUCUCGCGUCGAAUCUGCCGGAAGAGGAUGUACGAUUGUUGCACAAAUGAUGCUUUGGGUCAGAGGCCUUGACAAUGGUACCGACUUGAAGAACAAGCUCGGAAACCUUCGCAGUACGAUGCAACACAAGCUUAAGAAUUAUGGAACGUCCGACAGCACCAACAAGACUGCCUCCUCUUGGGUCCCUACAAAUAUCAUGACCACCAGAGCCAAGCCAAACUUGACCGCGGACAUAUCCCUACUGCGACUUCGGCACGGGGUAACUCGCCCUCCUCAAGGUCAACAUCGUGGUCGUCUCACCAUCGCCAUCGAACAUGCAUAUAUCUGUGGCCAUUGGGGUGUCAUGCUAAGCGAGGUCGAACGGUAUAUGGAACACUUCAAGCUGGAAGUACCUAAGAAACUCACUGAGGACGCCGACAAGCUGGCUAUCAAAGAUUUCGAGAGCAUCUAUGAGGCGACAUCCCACUGA